ACUCACCGCGCUCAUGCGCUCAGCCAAGUUAGUCAGUCUGUGAGCCAAGCGGCUGGCGAACCAUCAACCCAGCGAUCAGUCAGCCAGUCAGUCUGUCCGCGGCAUUGCGCUUUCCUAGUCAACCGUCAUUUCAGCAGUGCGCGCUAAGCAUCGAGCGUUUUGAAGAAUUGGAAUUGUUCGAGCACGUAAACAUGAAGCACUUUUCCACAUUUGUCGCGCUUUUCCUCAGCUGCGUGGUUUUCCAUUACCAUUGCCUGGCUCAGCCGGUGGAGCGUGUUGCGGCGGCGGGUAUUGUGAUCGACGCGGCGCCUUCGGUGGUCUCCUAUCAGGGUUCAUCGCAAACGCAUGCGCAUCUCGUAUUGGCGCCCAUGGGCCGUUCGUUGGGCUAUGUGGAACCGUUGGAUGUGAAUCGCACGUUGGCGCGAAACGAACGUUUGGACGAGCGGCACGAGGUGCUGGAUAUUAGUCCCGUCUAUGUGCCUGAGUGAAGGGCGCAUGCGCUGUAUGUGGGUUGGAAUAUAUGACUAAUGCGAACUGGUGUAUAUGAACUAUCUAUAUUUAAACGUAUUUAAGUGUGCGCUUGUGCAAUAUGCAUGAGCUGAGUUGUUCGCGAGAAUUCGGCGUUUAACAAUAGCUUGUUGUAUUUCCUAUUCUUGGUAGUUAGUUGUAAAUAUAUAUAUAUGAAUUGUAUUGUUGAUAUUAUUAACUAAGUGUACUGAGUAUUAGUGAAUGUGGUUUGCUUUAGUAGUUAGUAGAAGGAAGUUUACGAAACGAAUAUUAUUGAAUUAUUUAAGCGAUAAAAAUGUGUGAAUACCUGGAAUAAAGAUUAUUUAUGCCCAAA